GGAUAAGCGGGCGCAGAGAGAGGGAGGAGUCCCCCUCCCGCGUUGUUGGGGGUGAUGGAGGGGACCGGGAAUGGGAGUGCGGGAGGGAGCACCUGCUCCUGCCCUCCCCGGGCGUCCCCGCCCUCCGCACACGUUCCGGGGAGAGUCCCGCGUUUGGGGGUGCCCCGAGGUUGGGGGGACCUUGUCGGGAGCCGUCUUUGCGGCCCUCGGGUUUUAGGGUAUUUUCUUUUUGGGGUGGCCUAGGUGUGGCCCCGUGUUGACAGCGGCAAGUUUUGGGGAUCCCGUGACCCGAGGGGUGCUAUUUUUGGGGUGUCCCUGUUUAGGGGCGUCCCCGUUUAGGAAGUGCUUGGGUUUGGGGAUGCCCAAACCUGGGGUGUCCUCGUUCUGAGGAGACCCCAUUUUGGGGCUGCCCCCCUUUUUUGAAGCGUCAUAUUUUGGGGGUGCCUCCAUUUUGGCUCUCCGCCCGGUUUUGGGGUACCCCAGACUUGGGGGAGCCGGUUUUGGGGUGGCCGGUUUUGGGGGCGCCCCAGACCUGAGGUGCCUCCGUUUUUUGGGUGGCCAGACCUGGGGCGCCCCCUCUCUAGGGUGUUUCCUUUUUGGGGGUGCCCCCGUUUUGGGGUCGCCGCGUGCACCAAUGGCGCCCCCCUCCUGGAGGCCUAUCUCAUCUCUAUGGUGCGCAGCGAGGCAGCGCGGCCCGGGCAGCGGCCGCUCUGCCCCCCCCAUCUCCACGUCUAUGGCUUGGCGGGAGCGCGAUGCCGCGUCCUCUCUAGGCGGAGCCUUGGCUCUCUAUGGUCGCGCGCGGUCUCUAUGGUCUCUGUCGCGUCUUCGCGCGCUCCGCCUGGCGCCCAGAGCGGCUCCGAGCUGGGCCGGAAGAGAGGGUGGCUUCCGGCUCUGGCGGCAGCGGCGGCAGCGGGGGGGAGGCUCCGCGUGGGCUUCGUGCUCCCUGAGGAAUGGGGCUGAGCUGAGCCUGUCUGCCCUUGCCACCCGCCCCUCUGGGCACCCCCACCAUGGCCGACACGCUGGAGUUCAACGAGAUCUACCAGGAGGUGAAAGGAUCCAUGAAUGAUGGGCGACUCCGGCUCAGCCGCCAGGGCGUCAUCUUCAAGAACAGCAAGACGGGAAAAGUGGACAACAUCCAGGCCUCGGAGCUGGCCGAGGGUGUCUGGCGGCGUGUGGCGCUGGGCCACGGCCUCAAGCUGCUCACCAAGAAUGGGCAUGUGUACAAGUACGAUGGAUUCCGGGAGUCGGAGUUUGACAAGCUCUCAGAGUUCUUCCGUGCCCACUACCGGCUGGAGCUGGCAGAGAAGGACCUGUGCGUGAAGGGCUGGAACUGGGGCACCGUGCGCUUCGGUGGGCAGCUCCUCUCCUUCGACAUCGGGGAGCAGCCAGUAUUUGAGAUUCCGCUGAGCAACGUCUCCCAGUGCACCACUGGCAAGAACGAGGUGACGCUGGAGUUCCACCAGAAUGAUGAUGCUGAGGUCUCCCUCAUGGAGGUCCGCUUCUAUGUGCCCCCGACCCAGGAGGAUGGUGUUGACCCUGUGGAGGCCUUUGCGCAGAAUGUCCUCUCCAAGGCGGACGUGAUCCAGGCCACUGGAGAUGCCAUCUGCAUCUUCCGGGAGCUGCAGUGCCUAACACCACGCGGACGCUAUGACAUCCGCAUCUACCCCACCUUCCUGCAUCUCCAUGGCAAGACCUUUGACUACAAGAUCCCCUACACCACCGUGCUCCGGCUAUUCCUGCUGCCACACAAGGACCAACGCCAGAUGUUUUUCGUGAUCAGCCUGGACCCCCCAAUAAAGCAGGGCCAGACCCGCUACCACUUCCUCAUCCUGCUCUUCUCCAAGGACGAGGACAUCUCCCUCACCCUCAACAUGAACGAGGAGGAGGUGGAGAAGCGUUUUGAGGGGCGUCUCACCAAGAAUAUGUCGGGCUCCCUCUAUGAGAUGGUCAGCCGCGUCAUGAAGGCGCUGGUGAACCGCAAGAUCACCGUGCCUGGAAACUUCCAGGGGCACUCCGGAGCGCAGUGCAUCACCUGCUCCUACAAGGCAAGCUCUGGCCUCCUCUACCCUCUGGAGCGUGGUUUCAUCUAUGUCCACAAGCCACCCGUUCACAUCCGCUUCGAUGAGAUCUCCUUCGUCAACUUUGCCCGUGGCACCACCACAACUCGCUCCUUUGACUUUGAGAUUGAGACCAAGCAGGGCACACAGUACACCUUCAGCAGCAUCGAGAGGGAGGAGUACGGGAAGCUCUUCGACUUCGUCAACGCCAAGAAGCUGAACAUCAAGAACCGGGGGCUGAAGGAGGGCAUGAAGCAGAGCUAUGACGAGUAUGCCGACUCCGACGAGGACCAGCACGAUGCCUAUUUGGAGAGGAUGAAGGAGGAGGGAAAGAUCCGGGAGGAGAAUGCCAACGACAGUAGCGAUGGCUCUGGAGAGGAGACGGACGAGUCCUUCAACCCUGGAGAAGAGGAUGAUGACGUGGCUGAGGAGUUCGACAGCAAUGCCUCGGCCAGCUCCUCCAGCGGCGACGGAGACAGCGACCGGGAUGAGAAGAAGCCGGCCAAGAAGGCAAAGAUAGUCAAGGACCGCAAGCCCCGAAAGAAGCAGCCGGAGAGCAAGAAAGGAAAAGACCCUAAUGCUCCAAAGCGGCCAAUGUCAGCUUAUAUGCUCUGGCUGAACGCCAGCCGGGAGAAGAUCAAGUCGGAUCAUCCCGGGAUCAGCAUCACAGAUCUAUCCAAGAAGGCCGGGGAGCUCUGGAAAGCCAUGUCCAAGGAGAAGAAGGAGGAAUGGGAUCGCAAGGCGGAGGAUGCACGGCGGGACUACGAGAGGGCCAUGAAGGAAUACAGUGUGGGCGGCAGGUCCGAGAGCUCCCGGAUGGAGAGAUCCAAGAAGAAGAAGAAGAAGCAGGAGAAGCAGAUGAAGGGGAAGGCGGAGAAGAAGGGCACCUUCUCCAAGUCCUCGUCCUCCACCAAAUCCCCGGCCAAGAACUCAAGCGAGACCUUCAAGAGCAAGGAAUUCGUCUCCAGUGACGAGAGUUCAUCUGGAGAGAGCAAGAAGGAGGACUCUGACGACGAGGGAGCCGCCAGCCCAGCCCGCAGCUCGGAGGACUCCGCGUCUGCCUCGGAUUAGGGUGCUCCUGGCUGGUACCCGGAUAGGCGCAGGAUGGGGUUAGGAUUCCCAGGGCAGGGAUGGGGCUCUGGCUGCUCCUGAUGCCCCGCAUCCUGCCCGGGGCUGGCACAAGGCAGGGACGCUGGCCGGGCUGGGACCAGCGGGAUUGGAGCCCCCAGCCCCACCGAGCCCAGGCUCCCAGCCCCUGGAAUUUUUUUAACUGCGCGGGAUUGUUCCCUUUCUCCUUGUUUUGUUUGGUUUUGGUUUUGUAUUUUUGGUCCAUUCACCUGAAAAUGUGAUUGAAUAAAA